AUGAUUGGACGGGGAGGCUUUGGCAAAGUUUACAAGGGAACACUAGGCGAUCAGGAAAUUGCUGUCAAACGGCUAAAUAAGGAUUCUCAACAAGGAACAAAUGAAUUCAGAAAUGAAGUAAUACUUAUUGCCAAACUUCAACAUAGAAAUUUGGUUCGACUUCUUGGAUGUUGUGACGAGGGAGAUGAAAAGUUGUUGAUUUAUGAGUAUUUGUCUAAUAGAAGCUUAGAUGCCACCCUUUUCGAUGAUUCAAGGAAAUUGUUGCUGGAUUGGGGAACACGUUUAAAUAUAAUCAAAGGUGUCGCCAGGGGGCUUCUUUAUCUCCACCAAGAUUCAAGGCCGACCAUAAUUCACAGAGAUCUCAAAGCCGGAAAUGUUUUGCUAGAUGCACAGAUGAAGCCCAAGAUGGCAGAUUUUGGUAUGGCGAGGAUCUUCGGUGAUAACCAGGAAAACGCAAACACCCAACAUGUCGUCGGAACAUAUGGCUACAUGGCUCCCGAGUACGCAAUGGAAGGCGUCAUCUCUACCAAGUCCGACAUCUAUAGUUUUGGCGUGUUGCUAUUGGAGAUUGUAACCGGAUGA